AUGCAAGCUAUCCGCCAUCAACUCAUCAAAAUGCAAGCCAUCCGCGUCCACCCAUCACUAUCAACCCCAUACUCCCCGGCAAACCCGGCGCCGACAUCAUCCCUGCACAUAGACACAAUUCCCAUCCCAACCCCAUCCGCAGGCCAACUCCUCAUCCAAAUCAAAGCAACAACCAUCAUCAGGGACAUGCUCACCUGGCCCGAGACAUACGCCAAACCCUACGCAAUCCUCGGCCACGACUUCUCCGGCAUAGUCAGCGCAACGCCCCCAGCCUCCAAAUUCCAAAUCGGUGACGAAGUCUUCGGCAUGGCCCACACAGACCGAGGCUCAACAUGGGCUCAGUACGCCAUCGUGCAAGAAACCGAAGUCGCACCCAAGCCGCGUAUCCCAUGGGCAGAGGCCGCGGCAUUACCCCUUAGCGCGCAGACGGCGUAUGAGGCGCUUUUUGUUCAUGGCUCGCUUGCGGCGCUGGCGGUGGAUCAGGUAGAAAAUCAGGGCCAGGAAGAGGGCCAGGGUGAGAAUGUUGGAAAGCGCGUGCUUGUUACUGGGGCUGCUGGUGGUGUUGGGAUUUGUUUGGUGCAGCUUGCAGCUUGGGCUGGUGCUCAUGUUGUUGCGGCUAGUAGUUCGAAUGGGAGGAAUGAGAAGUUCUUGAAAGAGCUUGGUGCUGAUGAGGUUGUUGAAUAUGGUUCUUUGGGGGGAAAGUUUGAUCUCGUGGUUGAUUGUGUUGGUGGGAAGGUUUUGGAGAGUUGCUGGGGGGUGGUGAAAGAUGAGGGUGUUUUGAUUUCGGUUGAUUCUGCGAGCUUUGAUUUUGUGGAUUUGCACAUGAAGAGUGGGAUUGGAAGGGAGAAUGUCAAGGCCUUGUUUUUUGUUGUUGAGGGUGGGAAGGCUCUUGGGGAUUUGGGGCAACUGGCCAACCGGGGACUCUUGAGGUCUUUUGUUGCUGCUUCAUUCGAGUUUGAAAAGAUCAGGGAGGCUUAUGACUAUGCAAAUGGGAGAUUCGAGGGGAGAGGGAAGGUUGUUCUGACACUUUGA